UAUGUGGAUCCAACGUAGAUGGAUAGAAAAGAUCAAUGAGCGUGUUUGGGGGAGACAGUUGGGGAAGAGAAGCUCACUAUCGGAAGAGAAGAGUGGAUGACCUCCUGUUGGACGCCGCCGGCGAUCAGUCUUCCUCCUACAGGAAGCUUUCUAGCGGCAAAUAUGCUUGUCUCCUUUGCCCUCAUACUCCCGUCUUUGAUACUCCUGUAAUCCUUUCCAUGCAUAUGAAAUCAAGACGCCAUCUUGCUGCAGAAAGUAGGUUCAAACAAAACGAAGAAGAAAGACAAAAUGAGAUGAAUAAGCGAAUAGCGUUGUCGCUAGAAUCUACUUCCACGAGCAAAACUGGUAACACACCUACAAAGCAGGCAAACUUAGCUAGCAAACCAUUGACUGAAAAAACUCGAAAGGCCACUUUUGAUCUACUUCACCGUAGUCAUCCUGAACAAGGUACUACAGUUAACAGCGAUUCUCAAUGCCCGAUCCCUGAGAAUUCGAGCUUUGGUCCAACGGAGGCAACUGGUAAUAAUGUUGAUCGACUGUCACUGGAUUAUCGAGAGUGUAGGGAAAGAGAACUCAAGUUUAUAGAAGCGGGUUGGAAGCGCGACUGCCAUGGAGGGUGGUUCAGAGAUGAAAAUGUUGAAUUUGAUUCUGAUGAAGAAGAUCCAAAUGAGUAUCUUGCAAAUGGAAAAUGAGUAAUUGUUAAACAGGUGGUUUGAUAAACUAUAUCUUGCAAGUUACUUCUAAACAAAAUGAUGAAAAUUUAUGGAUUUGUGUAAUUUUUUUCGACUUUUUACAAUAUAUUCUUUAAAAUUUGGUGAAUUCUCUAUGUUGUUUUUAA